UCAUUUAAUAUGAAUUUCUUUAUUGUUUAUGUAAAUUAUCGAUUUAAUAAGAAAUCAUGGAAGAGGCUCAACCAGCAGAACAAGAGGAAACUCAAGAACAACAAGAAAUUAUAACGACGGAAAAUCUUCCAACUGAAUUGGUGGAAAUACCUGUUGAAAUAAAUUCAGAUUUAGAUAAAAAAAUUGUUGAAGCAUUUUUAGUUUUUGAUCAUGCUGAUAAUAAAACUGUUGAAGUUCGUGAAAUCGGAACAGUUUUACGAUCAUUAGGUUAUUGCCCAACCGAAGAUGAAAUCCAAGAAGUAAUUAAUGCAACAGUAUCUCAUGAUAUUACCGGCAGUAUUCAUUUGGGAAAAUUUUUACCAUAUAUCUCACCAUUAUUAAGUGCUCGCAAAUUUCAGCCUGAAGGUGCAGACAGACUUCUGGAAGCCUUUCGACUCUUAGAUAAAGAAAACAAUGGAUUGAUAAAUAAAGAUUAUCUAGGAAAAUUAAUGAUGGAAGCUGGUGAUCCAUUCUCGAAGGAAGAACUAGAUGAAAUGAUGAUGAUUGCUUGUGAUCCUCAUACUAACGCAAUUCCAUACGAAUUAUAUAUUAAUCAAUUAUUGGUGGAAUAAAAUAAUACAUUCUGAUUUUUUUUAAAUAAAUAUGCACA